AUGGUAGUUUCACGUGGGAGAGACGACGAUGGGACCAGCAACGCCGCCGCCGUAGUUCCAAGAAAGAACCACCACCGCAGCGGAGAUGACGGCGGCGGAGAUGAGAUCGUGUGCACGGGGAAGGCGUGCAAGUCAUGCACGGCGGGGAUGAUCGCCGACUGCGUGGCGGUGUGUUGCUGCCCCUGCGCGGUGGUGGACAUCCUGGUCCUGGCAUUGUUCAAGGUCCCGUGGACGCUGGGCCGGAAAUGGCUGAAGAGGAAGAAGAGAAACGGCGGCGGUUCUCGGCGGAUAUGCAGUCGCCGGAGCGACGGGAUUCCGAGAAUGGGAAGCGUGGAAGACGAGACAUCGGGAAUGGGAUCGUCCGUGUCGGUGUUUGGGAUUCGAGAACAAAUGGGAAAAGACAAUUUUAGUGCAAGGUUUGAUUCCGAGGAGGUUUGGUUAGACUUGUAUCAGGUUGGUCAUUUGGGGUUUGGAAGGGUUUCUUUCACUGAAAUUCCACCUCAAUGCAAUUAA